AUGUAUACCUACCAGACUAAAGAAUUCAACGAAAGAUCGCAAUAUUCGCUAUCGCUACGCCGCUACAUACUCGAAGUCCCCCGCGUAUAUUCCGAAUUAGGAAUUUUAAUUCCCUUAUUAGCGGUCCUAUUACUAAAGUGUACGGGAAUAUUCCUCCUAAAAUCGCAUUACUGCUAUGUUCCUUCAGCUAUGCAGCUGCCUGAGUACAGUAUAGCAGUCACGUGCAGCUAUUACGUGCACACAUACUAUAGACUGUAUAUUCAGAUCUACAACGUACCCUACAUAGUUCUCGUAUACGCAUAG